AUGCAGGUCCUUCUCAAUGCUUUCAAACGCCACGAACUAAGCGAGGUUGUCGACGUCGAGCUUUCAAGGGAUGAGGACUCGGUGACUUCUCUGGCUGCCGCACAAUCAAACGACACCUCUAUAGUCACCUUCGUCGGUAUCAACAGCUCCCUCGCACUACAAAAAGAGAAUAAAAACCGGCAUCUACGAUCCUUCAAGAUUGAUUAUCCUCCGCGCCGCACAAAUUCGGCGUCUGCGGAGUUCAAAUCUCCCAAUGGGAGUACACCAGGACAAACUGUCAAACUGUCUGAGGAGUCAGUAUUUAGAACUGUGGCUGGGUCAAAGGGUUCUACGGAGACGUAUCAGAGAAUCACUCGAUUGUCGCCUUGGAAAGGCGAGGGUGCAACCCGCGUAGCUGCUAUUGCGACUGGACUGGCCUCCUCAGGGGAGAUUGUCUUCUUCAAUGCGAACACGACGAAGCCGAGCGAAGGCGAUGUUAUUGGAAGAAUCCGACUGAAAAGCGAUGAGGAGGCUGAGGACAUUGAUAUUGCUGGGCAGGACGAGGAGAAAGGCUUGUUUCCUGUGGCAUAUACUAAUGGCGUGGAUGUCUUUACAUGUCGCAUCUCGCCCGAGACUAGAUCGAAUGCUGCACCAGACGUGAGAUGUGUAUAUAGUCCCCCAGCAAACACCAAUGGCAAGGGGCCACGACCAAAAUUCCGUGCUCUGCGCUUUCUUUCUCCCACCACGCUAUUGCUGUUGCAAAAUGCCCCAAAUCGCAAAGGUUGCGAACUUAUAAUUCUUGAUCUGCGGCCAACGACAUCAUCUUCACAAGCCACAAUUAUCCGUCGCUACAAGCUUCGAAAAUCGAUCAACAUUGGUCUGAGUCUGGAUGUAUGCAACCUGGGAACCAGUUCAUCGAUCAAACAACAAUCAAUCAUCGCUGUGUCCGGUAGUGACCAGUCUCUUGAGAUCCUAACCAUUGACGUCGACUCAAGCCGACAGUAUCGAGCAGCGGCCGGGUACAGUCAAAUUCGUCGCUACGCGACCAUCCGCGACGUUCACCCCUUCUCAAUGACAAGAAUAUGCUUCUCACAUUUUGUUCCGCCGCCCGCCCCAGUCACCCCAGAGACACCACCACAAUACAUCAAGCUUGCCUCCGUGAGCUUGGGCAACACUGUCGUCGUGCACACAUUUCCUCUGUCCCCGACGCCACCUUCAAGUCGCAACCCUCGCUACGUCCUCGUGCGGCCAGGCGAGUCUGAACUCUUGACAGGCUUCUCCAGUACUCUGGCUGCCGUUCUCUCCAUCGUGCUCGUCAUUUUCCUUCUGCAAGCCUUCACGGAAAUUAGAGGCGUCAUGCCUCCGUAUCUUGGUAUCACGGACUACUUACCAACCGAUAUUCGUACCAAGAUUGCCGUACCAUAUAACGCUCCUCUCCCCCAUUUUCCCUCCUCUCCCACGCCAAUCCUACAGACCCAAGCGUUCCCAAGCACAUCGGCGGCCCCCGAUGAAGCACAAUCCCGCACUCUCCGGGAUAUCAUACAAGAUUCAGAAGCUUCUAUUCUCAUCUCGUGCGACCCUCUCAAUAGCAAAAUCAUCGUCGAACCACACAACCCUCACCCUAGCUCCACCACUCCGGAACCGGAUUUGGACGCAGAGGUUACUCCUGAGUCUGACUUAACGACUCGUCCCGCUCAGCAAUGGACGGACCUUUCGGUCGAGGACCGCCAGACCUGGAAAACAUAUCUAAUCAACGCUGGGUUCUUGGAUCAACAGCAAGAUGAAGACGAGUCUAUCCUUAGUAGAGUUUUCUUCCGGGAUUCAUGCCCUCGUCGUCAACCUAGCUCCAAUGAUGAUCACGACUAUACUAGUGUUGAUAGUGCUGACAAGUAA